GUUUACUGUCGCUUAGGGUCUCCCAGCCCCGUGGUGACGAAGGUCCAAUCAAACACACAGGCCGGAGCAGGGCGGGCUUGCAGCCCUGCGCAGCCCCGGGUCUAAGCGCACCUGAGCCACCUGUCGCCAUCUUGGGUCCUGUCCCGGUUCCCUCCCCGCUCACAAGUCCCGGGACGUGUCGCCGCGUGACACCUCCCCCCUCAGAACCACAGUGAGGACUCUGGGCGUCCGGAAUCUGGAAAUGGGGCUGGUGUCAUUUGAGGACGUAGCCGUGGACUUCACCUGGGAGGAGUGGCAGGGCCUGGAUGCUGCCCAGAGGACCCUCUACAAGGACGUGAUGCUGGAGAACUACAGCAGCCUGCUGUCCCUGGGACACUGUAUGAACAAACCUGAGUUGAUCUUCAAGUUGGAGCAAGGACUUGAGCCAUGGAAUGUGGCAGAAGCCUCAGACAGGAACCUCCCAGAUCUUCCUAUAUGGACUGUCCCAACUGUAACCAGCCAGGAAAACCAGAAUGUGCAUUUGUGGCAAGUUGGAACUAUCCAAACCAAGACAUCAAGUGAAAAGAUUGCCGAGCUACAGGAGCAACAGAAGACCCAUCAAGGGUCAAAAUCCCGUGAAGCAGAAGCAUGUAAGAAGAGAGUGUGCCAGAAAUCACAGUGUACUGGGGAUCCAGUAUCUCAUAUGUGUAAGAAAGCUCUCCAUUGGAAGUCAACUCUUGCUGAACGUCAGAGGCUUCAGAAAGGGGAGAUAAGCUAUGAGUGUGAGGAGUGCAGAAAAAUUUUCUUCCAGAACUCACAUGUUACAGUUUGUCAGAAAGUGCCUACACAUAGGAAGCUUUGUGAAUGUACAGAAUGCAGAAAGGCUUUCUUUUGCAACUCAGAACUCACCAGUCAUCAGAGAAUGCGUACAAGUGAGAAGGCCAAUGAAUGUGCAGACUGUGGGAAGGCUUUCUCCCACAAGUCGUAUCUCACUCAACAUCAGAAAAUUCACACAGGUAAGAAGCCUUUUGAGUGUUCAGAAUGUGGGAAAGCCUUCUAUACUAAGGGAAAACUUACUCUACAUCAGAUCAUUCAUACAGGUGAGAAGCCCUAUGAGUGUACAAGAUGUGGGAAAGCCUUCUCCCUCAAGUCAUACCUCAAUCAACAUCAGAAAAUUCACAUAGGCAAGAAGCCUUAUGAAUGUGCCGAAUGUGGGAAAGCCUUCUACCGGUUAACACACCUUACUGUGCAUCAGAGAACUCAUACAAAUGAGAAGCCCUAUGAGUGUACAAAAUGCCAGAAAUCUUUCUACUACCGGACACAGCUUACUCUACAUCAGCGAAUUCAUACAGGUGAGAAGCUUUUUAAGUGCAUGGAAUGUGGAAAAUCUUUCUACUGUAAGUCACAUCUAACUCGACAUCGGAGAAUUCACACUGAUGAGAAGAAGCCCUUUGAAUGUAUAGAAUGCGAGAAAUCCUUCUACUCCAAGUCACACCUCACUGAGCAUCAAAGGUCUCACCCAGGUGAGAAGCUCUAUGAAUGUAUGGAGUGUGGGAAAUCAUUCUAUCAGAAGGCAACACUCUUUCUACAUCAGAGGAAUCAUAUCGGCGAGAAGACGUAUGAGUGUGCAGACUGUGGGAAAGUUUUCUAUUGCAAGUCACACCUCACUCUACAUCAGGUAAUACAUACAGAUACAUGCCCAUAUGUGUGUACAGAAUGUGGAAAGUAUUUCUACUAUAAGUCACAACUCAUUGUGCAUGGACGAACUCACACAGGUGAUAAGCCCUAUAAAUGUGGAGAAUGUGGGAAAGCCUUCUCCCGUAAGCCAUACCUCACUCGACAUCAACGUACUCACACAGGUAGGAGCAAUCUGAAUGUAAAAAAUGUGGAAAAGCUUUCUACUGAAAGUCAAAGCUCAGUUAACACCAGGGAACACGAGCAUGUGGCAGGUAUUUUGAAGGAAAAGAAUGCAGGAUUCCUACUUCAAGUCACAAGUAGCAACAGUGGACACCUCCAAUGCGGAGCCCUGAGCAUGGAAUGAACGAGAGAACUUUAUACGGAAAGUCACGGUACAGAAUGAAUUUGAAUAAGAAUCCUGUGACUGCAAAGUGCAAAGUAUUUCAUGCAAGUCACAGUUCUGUGGCAUCAGAGAAUGCAAACAGCCCAGAAGCCCUAUGAAUGUAUGGACUGAAGUUAAGUUUCCUCUAAGUCCCCACUCAGGGCACAUUAGUGCUCACAUACAGACAAGAAGCCUUACAAACGUACAGUGAGGAAAUUCAUUCUCAAGUCACACGAGAGGCCACAUGGAUGAGAAUGUAAGGAGUAUUGGGAUUUUUUUAUUGUUUAUUGAAAUCUAAAACUCAGGGAUAAAUAUUAAAGAAUAAAUCUGAGAAAUGCACAGAGUGGCUGAGAAAUGAUCCUCCCUUUCUACUUCCUCAGUCUAAGCGCAUGCCACCCCUCGGCCCCACCCCUUCCUUCCCUGUCUGCUGCUUUCUCCUUUUAGUCCACCAGAGAGCUUGACAGCCCAUUCUCAGCUGAAUGUGGACUUCCCUCGAAACUGAAGUUGGCUCCGUUGGUGGUGGUCUUAGAGCAAUCAACACAGGCAAAUCUCCCGCAGCAAAGGAGCCCAGAAAAACUUAGUACAACUUAGUCCUCACCUGACAACAGAGAAUGCAGGCAAGUCAGAGGACUGAGAGAUAAAAGAAUGUAUGAGACUUAGAGUAAAUCAGUCCUUACUAAGCAUCAGUGGACACCUACAGGAUCGGGACAUCUGCCUGUGAGGAAUUCUGUAUGUGAGAAAAGCCAUACAUGUGAAAGCCUAGGAAUUUAAGGAAUGUAAGAGAAAAUUUUAUGAGAUAAUAGGAGCCAAGGUGUUCAUGACUCCUGCAGUGGGCAGGCAAGUCUCUCCAGAACCUCCCUUCCCCCACACCAGAUGGCAGCUGACAACCCACAGAUGAGAGACACUUUGACCCAGUCAGUGGCCCCUCCCACCCUCCGCAACACUCCUGCAGCCACCAUGGAGGAGCUGCUGCCACCACCACCACUGCCAAAACCUGAGCCCAAGUCUAGCCGUGCCCUACAGUAAGAACCUUAGAGAAGAGCCUCAGAGAGAAUGGCCGUAUCUUCAGUAAAUGUGUCCUGGCGCAUCUGUAAUUUCUUAUCAGAAUCUUUUAAAAAAUAUUUGAAGAUUGAUUCAAGAUGUGGUGGCCACUGACGCUGGUGGGACCACAGAGCAGUUUGUCGGUGGACCCUUGAUUCCUCUCUUGGGACCUGACCCACAGCAUGGAGCUGCCAUUGCUCCUGAGCUGCCCAAGGUCAGAGAGAUGUGCGGUGACUUGGAACACUAUCGGAUCCUGCCCCUGGACACCCUGCCCAGCUGAAAGAUCACUCUGACUGGGAAACAGCAGGCUAUCUGAGAUGAGUCUCAAUGAUAGUCCAGUAUUUAUGGUGCUUCAGAAACCAGAGAUCUUGAACCAGACCAAUGACUCAUUGCAAUAAGUGUUUGCAUGUAAAGCUGUUUGGACAGCAGUUUGCAAUGCCAUUUGAUGACUAAAGGUUCGGUGGGGAGGCAGGAAGGAUGAUGGAGUGGAGCGGCAUGUGAAGAGAGACAGAAGUAGAGACAUCGGGCACAGAUGUGGGCAUGCAACUGCAUAGGACAGGGGAGCAUGUCAUUGUCAAGUAGGGCCAGCAGGGUGGUGAGCAGCAGCCUGGAGUUCAUGCAGGCUCCACCCCUGAACAUGCUGCCCAGCCCCAGGAUCACCCUGGCUCUGAGCAAUGUCAGGAUGUGCAUGGAGAUUGGUUCACUUUCUGGAUUGGACCUUCUCAAAAAUCCUCCAUGGUCCAUGCUGCCACCAGAGGCCAUAAUGUUGCACGAAGUCUAUGUACUAUAGCUGUGACCAUGCUGGGGUCUGUGGUCUAGGCUGCUGCCAUAGGCUGUUAAUGCCUUAAACUGUGUUGCUACCAGAGACCAUAUGGAUAUCUGUGGUCCAUACUUCCACUGUGCAGGGCCAUGUUGAUGUUAGUGGUCUGUGUUCCUGCCAGAGUCCAUGUUGAUGUCUAUGGUUCAUGCUACCAUCAGAGGUUGUGUUGGCAUCCAUGGUCCGUGCUGCCUCUUGAGACCAUGCUGAUUUUCUUGGUCUGUACUACUGCUAGAGGACAAGUAGAUGUCUGGAAUGGGCUGCUGCCUGAGGCCAUGUUGAUGUUUGUGGUUGAUGUUACACCAGAUGUCAAUGGUCUGAGCUCUUGGUGGAGGUCAUGUUGAUGUCCAUGGUCUGCCCCACCACAGGGGACCAUGUUGCCACCAGAGACCAUGUUGAUGUUUAGUCCAUGUUGCUGCUGAGGGCCAUGUUGAUAUUUGUGAUCAGGGUUGCCACAGGAGACCUUGGUGAUACCUGUGAUUUCUGAUGCCGUUGGAGGCCAUGCUGAUGUCUGUGGUCUGUACUAUGGCCUGGGGGGCUGUGUUGAUGUAUGUGGUCUGUGCUGCCUCCAGGGACCACAUUGAGGCCCAUCUUCCAUUGUGCAGCCAGGGGCCAUAUGGAUGUACAUGGUCAGUGCCCAUGGAAACCAUGUUGAUGUCCAUGAUCUAUGCUGGGACCUAGUUGAUGUUUGUGGUCUACUGCCAUGGGAGGACAUAAUGAGGUCCAUGGUCUGUGAUGCUGCUGGAGAUAAUGUGGAUGUCUGUGGUCUGUACAGCCUUGGGAAACCAUGUAGAAGUCCAUGGUCUGGACUGCUGCUGGCUGUUGUGGGCAAGGAAGCAUCUGUUGGAGUGGUAUCAAUGACUCCAGACUCAUAAUUGAGAACAAGAGACGAUGAAGGUUUCUGCAACAGCCUUUACACACAUACACACACACACACAGAGAGAGAGAGAGAGAGAGAGAGAGAGAGAGAGAGAGAGAGAGAGAAGAAAGUCUAGACAGGAAGCUGUUGAGGAGAGUCCUGAAAAGUUGUGAUGAAGAUGCUAAAGUGUAGCUCUUCACAGUUGUUGACUUCUGCUGGGGUGAUGGGGAAGGACUCAGGCAUCUUUAAGGGGCUGACCCCUGGGAGUUUCACCAUGCUCUAAUGAGUAUGGGCAGCACAAAUUGUACUUGGUGUAUUUGGGGGGUAGGGCAUAAGGUGGGAGGUUGGACCUAGGAGGAAUGGGAAAUGAGUGUGAUCAGGAUGCAUUGUAUGAAAUUCCCAAAUAAUCAGUAAACAUAUUAUGUUGGAAAAAAACCCUAUUAUAAAAAACAGAAAAGAAUUUUAUGAAAUCUUAAUUAAUGUCUGUAUAUAUAUGUCAAUGAGCAAGUCUGUAAAUGUGAAAAAUAUAGAAAAGUUUUCCAAUGUAAUUUUGUGUCACUUUGCAUUUGAAAUCUUAUUCAUUUGAAGGACCACAUGAAAGUAAUGAACAUAAGAAAACUGAGAGAGUUGACAGGCCAUCCUUUACACUAGAAACCUCUUGCAAGUGAGAAACUGCAAGGAAAUAAUUAGCCACGUCGUGACAUGUGCUUUCAAUUGUUAAUCAAUUUAUGUCCUGGUGCUACAGCUUUAUUGAGAUACAAGUGUUGAAGGCUGGUCUCAGCAAGACAGCAAAUUCCAUAUCAAUGAAACAUUGAGUCUGGGUGUAGUAGCACAUGCCUUAAAUCCAGCAGAGAUGGGCAAUUGUGAGUUUGAGGCCUCCAUAGUCUACACCAUGAGUUCCAGGCUGGCCAGGACUAGGUGGUGAGACUCUGCCUAUAAAAAGACUGAUCAGCCAAACAUUCAUGCCUGUGCAUCCCCUUGUCACAUUUUAAGCCAUACAAGCUGGGGAAAUGAGAACGUGAAGAGUGCCAAAGUUGUCUUCAUUGAACUUGGAAGAUCCUACUGGCACCAGAAAUUUGACAAAGGUGAGAAAAGCAAUGAAGGAAAAUACAAAUCCAGAGUUCACCUGGCUUUAUUAUCAAACGUUUAUCAUGAAAUCUACAAAUGUAAGGAUUAUGUUAUUAGAAAAAGAUUUUAGCUUCACUCACAUCAUUGGACAUCAAAUUGCUUACAAAAAUUCGGGCUGUUGGUUAAUCUCAGUUGUCAACUUGAUCAGCUCUAGAAUAACCUAUAUGAUGAUCUUCCAGGCAAACCUGUGGGGGAAUAUUUUUGUUAUAUUAAUUAUGGUGGGAAUGCAUACCCAGCAUAGAUGGUGCCUUGCCCUGGGCUAGAAUUCAGGGAUGCAUACAGAGAAGAAAACUGAUCAAGGCAAUCGUUGUUCUUUGCUUCUGACUCUGGAUACAGUGUUACAAGCUGCUUCAAGCUCUCAUUGUCUUGACUUCCUCUUGUGGUUUGAAUCAGGAGUUUCCCCCAUGGGAUAAUGUAUUUGAACACUUAGAUGGUGGUGCUGUUUCAUGUUACAGAGUCUGUUGGAGGAUGUAUGUCACUGGUGGUGGGCCACGAGAGUUUAUGGUCUCACCCCACCUUCAGUUCUCACUCUGCCUUGUGUAUGCAGUUGAGAUGUGAUCUUCAGAUUCCUGCUUUUGGUGCUAUGCCUUUCCACCAGUAUGAAAAUCUGUCCUCUAGAAUUAUAAGCCAAAAUAAACUCUUCCUUAAGUUUCCUUUGGUCAUGGUAUUUUAUCACUGUAACUGAAAAGUAACUAAUAUAGAAGUUGGAGCCAAGAAGUGAGAUUGUUGCUGCAAAGAACCUGAAAAUGUUGUUUAUUUGGAGGAAUGUGGAAGACUCUAAGAUGGAGCUAGGGAAGCAUGUGCCUAUUGUAAGCAGACAUUAACAGACUGUUCUAGUAGGAGUCAGGAAGAAAAGAGUGCUGAGAGUAGAGGCCUGCCCGGAUCGUGAGGUUUCAGAGGGAAAUUAGACUGUUAGCACUGGACUAGAGUCCAUUUAUGUCCUGCUUUGGCACAGAAUCUGCUGCCUUCCGCCUGCGCCCUGAGAAGUUGCCUGCAGCGAAAUUAAACAAGUAACAGAUUCAUUUCUUUGCUGUAGGAAAUUUCAAGACUACAUACCAUUGAAUCUGUAGUAUGGUUACUACUGAUAAUUCUUAUGUAGGUCUUCAUCAUAAAAGAAACAAAAAUUAGUUUGGAGAGCAGAGGAGCACUAAGAAGCUCAAUGUUACAGCCAGGGCACGUGGUGAAAGAAAGGCUGUAAUUGUUAGGAAUAUUAGUGCUGUUAUUGGGGAGAGCUCUUGUGCUCUGCACUAGAACAACUGGAUGAGUACCAUCCGGACAAGACACUACCCAGCUAAGCUUUGAACGUGUGGGAAAAGUAGAGCUGGGAAGUGUCCUGCUGCUAGAAAACAACAGCACACCAAUGCUAAUGCUAACUGUGUUCUAAGGGAGCAAGUGCUGGUCCCAAGUGGCACUGUUAUCCUCACAGUUCUGGCCUUAGAAGAAUGAAAGAUUGCCGGGAGGCAGAGCCAGGCGGAUCUCUGUGAGUUCGAGGCCAGUCUGGGCUACCGAGUGAGUUCCAGGAGAGGCGCAAAGCUACACAGAGAAACCCUGUCUCGAAAAACCAAAAA